CUAAGAUGGACGGUGGAGCGUACGGCGGCGGAAAGGCAGGGGCCCCUUUCGAUCCGAUCGCGUUUGUGCAGAGGCCACAGGUCAUUCUGAGAACGAUAUGUCUGCUCUUUGCAAUAAUCGUCUUUGGAUGCAUAAGCAGCAAGGGAUAUUUUCCAAAAAACGAUGGGAAAGAAGUCUGUCUUUACAAUAAUGACAACAAUGCGUGUAAUUACGGAAUUGGUAUUGGUGUACUGGCAUUUUUAGCUAGUAUCGGAUUCCUUGCAGGUGAAUACCUGUUUGAACAGAUGUCAUCUGUCAAAACUAGGAAACAUUUUGUUCUUAUAGAUUUAGGGUUUUCAGGUUUUUGGUCUUUCUUGUAUUUUGUGGGAUUCUGUUAUUUGACAAAUGCAUGGAGCAAGUCUGCGAACCCGGAAGAAGGAUAUGGCGUAAAUAAUUUACAAGCGGCUAUUGCAUUCUCAUUUUUCUCUAUCUUUACUUGGGCUGCUUGCGCUUGGUUCGCGUUUCAAAGAUUCAAACAAGGUACUGACGCGGCGUUUGCUCCGAGUUACGAGGCAGAUCCUGUGGGCGGUACGGGAUACACUAGCUAUCCGGAUGCCACCGACACCGCUUAUCAAGAGCCGCCAUUCGGUCAACAGCAACAGCGGGGCAUGGGUGGAGACUUUCAAGCCCCAGCUUAUUAAAAGAGUCAUCCAUAGUCAACACCAAAAUAUAUUUCCAUUGGAUGCACAGCGAGCUACUUACGAAAGAAGAGAUAUUUUAAGAUAAUUUUUUAAACCAAAUAUAUUGUUUUCCAUCACCUAUUUUGCUUAAAGACUAAUGAACUUCAUUCGCUGAUAGGUCGCUGAGCAACGCGGGUUGAUGGUCGUAGAGUAAGUUUUCAUGGCAAAAAAUGUAGAAGGAAGUUAUUUGUUAAACUGUGCUUCUUAUUGUUGACCACUUGUAAGUUACACUUAUUCAUAUACCCUUGAUGUCACAGCGUGAGUUAAGUGUGUUCGCGAGAUAUCUUCGCGUACAUGCCUGGACAUGCGUUCGCAACGAUGGCUAAUCGCCCCUAUCCGUGGAAUUAACAUACCUUGUAAUGAAUAAAAAAAUACUUCUAGCAACUUCAAAUAAAUAAGAAAGACAGUAGUAUGCACAGGCUAUAUAAUAUAUUUUGACGUGUUCAUAGUAAAUGCCCCCAACUCGAUAGAAAGAGUAAUGAAAAAUUGUAGAGGUAAACAGUACAGUUAUUGGCUUCCCAACAGUAAUUGGCCAUGUAUUAAAGAAGUAAUAAAUAUAAAUAAAUACUAUUAUUAUAUUCUAAAUUAUAAACAUUUUAAUAUUAAUUAAGUUUUUCUGCUCCGAAUAAAAGUAAUAUUAUAGUAUUUAAGAAGCUCAAAAAAUUAUUAUACGACAAACAUUGGCCAACCGGCCAAUCACUGUUUUUAAGAUUAUGAAAACCAUGUGACAGUCAUUGACCUCUUAUUUUGAGUUAUAGAUACAAAUGUAAGUAGGUUUGUUAGUUUUUAAUGUGUUAUAAAUAAAAUAUUCAUUACUAUAUCUUUGUAAGUCAAAACAAAAAAUUUAUUAUAACUGUUAUGUAAACAGAUAUUAACAGAACUCAUAUGGCCAAUAACUGUCUAUUUUGACUAUAGGAAAUAUUUUAUCAAAUUUUAAAUAAGUUUUCAAAUUUUCUAAUAUGUAUUAUUUUAUUUGCAAUUGUUAUAGUUUGUUUGAGUACUGAAGGUUUACUUCAAGUUAUUAAAUUUAAUUUUAUAAUUCACUCUAUAUAGUGCAGUUUUCCUUAAGUGGCCAAUCACUGUAUCUCUUACCCCUAUCGUUAGGUUGUAAUUAGUUUCAAUGAUGCGACGUGCGAAAUCUAGGAUCUCAAAAUGAAUCAGUUUUAAGUAUGUUGCGACAUAUGUUUCAAUGUCAGUAAGACAAUGACCAUGGUUACAUUCAGAAAACCCAACGGUUGAGAGAUCAUCACUUAUGAUAGGACUAUUCUUCAAAAUCUGCUUCGAUUCCAAAAGUAUGAUCCAAUCAGAAGUAAUUAUCUCUCAACCGUUGUUCAACUGUUGAGUUGUCUGAACGCACCCCAUGUUCAGCAGACUAAGCAAAUCAGUGAGCGCUUAGUGAUUCUUCAAUAUGAUUGGUUUCUGCAUCUUAGAUCCAGUGAAGAUCUAAAGGUAAGAUUCAAUCAUAUUAAAUCAUCACUAAGCUUUCACUGAUAUGCUCAGUCUGCUGAGUGGCCAAUAUCUAAGUUUACUUCUCUUUAGUACUUAAGUUACUCAUCGUAUAUUACUUGUUGAAACAUAAAAGAGUAUUACUUACAGACUAGCAUUAGCAAAUGUUUAGUCGCACUAUAAAUCGUGAUGAAAUAUAAACGCCAAAGUUUCUAUUAAGUUUUCUACACACGUGUGUGUAUGUGCAUGUGUGCGUGCGCCCGCGCGUGUGUGUACGUGUAUGUGUGUGCAUGCGUGUAAUCACAUUACCAAUGCAAUAAUGAUUAUCGCUACGAUAAAUUUUAGUAUUCUUAUUUCUGUAGCUUGAAUUAGAGUUAUUUUGUCAAAUAUCUAUUGUCGGUAUAUAGACUGACAAUGAACACGCCUCGAAGAAAAAGUUUGUUACAUAUAUAUUUUAUAUUUGUGUGAUUUUUUUUAUAUGUAUGUAUAAUUGUUUAAUACACAGUCUCAGGUAAAUCCAAUUCAGAUUGUUUAUUUAUUUUGUAGUUGUAUACAAUUAGUUAUCGUUAGUUAUCAUAUAUGUUGUAUUAUGUAUGUUUUACACUAGGAGCGAAUGCGCUACUCCGAAUUAAAAUAAUUUUAAGAACAAAUGCAAAAAGUUAUUAAGUUAAUCUUUUGCAGACAGACUCUCAAAAUGACCUACUAGUUGGACACACUGGGUCUGUAAGACACUCGCGACUUCAAAAUUGGAAUCUCUGCGAAAAAUCAAUUUUUUUUUGCAAUUGUUUUUUUUAAUCAAAAGUGAAUAAUUCUACGUCAACAAAAGAAAAACCAA